AACCGCGCGCGUUUCACGGCGGCCAUACUUGAUUUGUUGAAAAUUAAAAAUAAACAAUACGUAAUAUUCAAAAUGUACACAUUGCACUUAUUAGUGAUAUUAUUAUCACAGACAGUGUUGAGUGAAAAACUGAUGAGUGAGUUUAAAGGAGUGACCGUGAAAGUGAAAAACUAUGAAAAUGACACUGUGAUCCUUCCUUGCACUGUUAUUGAUACAGAUCAACUGCUCCACGUUAAGUGGUAUAAGGAGACCACGCUCCUCGGCGAUUCGUCCGAUCCUCACCACCUGCUGCCGCCACGGUUCAGGAUGAACACCGACUAUAGUCUCCAAAUCUCGCCUCUGAUGGCUGAGGACACUGCUAAUUACUUUUGUGAAGUUAUUCGCAAAGCGCCCUGGUCACCCAUCACACAAGGACACUUUGUAGAUGUAUUAACUUCUCCAACGAUAAGAACAGUGCCCGCGGACGGUUUUGUAGAAGUCCGGGUCGGAGAAUUCGUAAACAUAGGUUGCGAGACUUCAGGGAAUCCUGAUCCAGUCGUUACUUGGAGAAAGAAUGGCGAAGAAAUGCCUCUUCUCUCGCACCGCGAUCGCUUCAAGUUCCAGGCUGGGAAUCGACACAUGGGCGGCGUGUAUGAGUGCGUCGCUGACAACGGGGUGGGAGACCCAGGAAGGGGCCUCAUCAGAGUUGUUAUACAAGAUGCUCCAGAAGUGAGUGCAGAGCGUAGUUUCGUACAUACAGCAGUCGGUCUGCGAGCGACUCUGACGGCCAGGUUGGAAUUCUCUGCGCCACCGGCGAGGACUUCGUGGUUUCGAAAUGGGCAGAGGAUUAAGACAGAUGAAAGAAUAGCAAUUAUGGUAAAAGACGACCAACAUCUGUUAAUCUUCCGCGAGGUCCGCCCGUCGGACUUCGGCAACUACACAUUUAGAGCUGAAAACAGCCUCGGCAUGGCUGAUGUUUCUUUUAAACUUACCGGGGUACCCAACGCAGCUUCGUUUAAAGUGGAUCCCGCAUUAAACAGAGCCACGGGAACAAGUUACACGCUAAUUUGGGAAGUUGACUCAUAUUCCGCUAUUAUAGAAUACAACUUGUGGAUCCGGCCCUACUACGGCCACAGGGAUGACGAGACGACUGAAGCAUCUUCCAACCAAUGGAGGAAGAUUGUCGUGCCAGGAGAAAAUAUUGAUGGCCCAAUCCAUUCCGCAUGGUAUACUUUGAGAGGUCUCGCGCCAUCCACUGUAUAUGAAGCAGUAGUAACAUCCAGAAACAGGUUUGGGUGGAGCAAACAGUCCGCUGUUUUGCAUUUUGCCACGGAACCUCUGUCUGUGAAGAGACCGUCUACGGAUUAUUCAGAAAUAACACCUAUACUCGAAGACCCAGAAGUAACGGAAGCACACAAUAUCACGCAAGCGCAAAUGUUCGAAGUAUCACUUUCGGCUGGAGCGCGGGAAACGCCAAUUCAAUUGGCGGCCAUUUUAGUUUUAGCAAGCUUACUUUUAAUUUAAAUGUGGCUCAAACUAUUCAUUGACUUAAUAAUAAUUUGAGAUCAUUGUUCAGUAAUUAAUUAUUCCCUCUUGGAUUGUUAAUUUAUUUUGAAUUCCAUAUUUGAAAAAUAUAUCAUUACGUAAUUUAUGACCAUGUUCUCUAUUGCCACUCUGUAGACUCAGAAUCAGAUUUGUUUUUGUGAUUUUGCUUAAUUAAGUUCCUUGCCAUUAAUGAUAAAUAAUUUUAAUGUAAUAAGGUCUUACACGGUGUAGUUUAAGGGUGGUAUCCCAAGUGGCAGCUUGACUUAUUGGUGGUCAUGGCCAGCACGCGUCAACAUCUUAUCUCAAGUGUGCUUAUUUGAGUGCAAUCAAGUCUACGUGGAGAAUUGUGUUUCUUGAGAUUUAAAAAUAGUGCCGCCGUAAUAAGCUUGUUCAUGCAUAGCCAGUGAAACAUUCUUGUUAGUUAAAAAACGGCGUACCGACUAAAUCUAUUUUUUUACAACUACAAC